AUGAGACUGGGAUGCGCGCGCAUCAACGACUCAUCAAUUGCGGGAGUAAAAGAAAUAGAAAAAGAAGAAUCAGUUGACCUUUCAACUUUACGUGAUCCUCAGCAUGACCGUGAACGUGUCAAAAAAUCUGAUUGGUUAAUCGUAUUAGGAGUAUGUACACAUUUAGGAUGUGUACCAAUCGCAAACGCUGGAGAUUUUGGUGGAUAUUACUGUCCAUGUCAUGGAUCACAUUAUGACGCUAGUGGAAGAAUAAGGAAAGGACCUGCACCAUUAAAUUUGGAAGUACCAAAUUAUGAAUUCCAAGAUGAUUUAGUCAUAGUUGGUUAA